GGCCGCCGGCCGCCAUGAGCGCCGGGAGUCGCUGCCGGAGGAGGAAGACGCCGAACAUGGCCACGGCCACGGCCCCGGAGCAGGAAAAGGAGCAGGAAAAGGAAGAGGAGAAGGGCGGCAGGAGAAGGCCCGGAAAGGGCGGCAGCCGCCUGCCCGACAGAUGGAAAGACUACCUCCCUCUCGGCCGCCGGAUGCCCGGUACUCGAUUCAUCGCCUUCAAAGUCCCCCUGGAAAAGAGUUUUAAUGGGAAGCUCGCCCCAGGGGAACGAUUUUCCCCUUCGGAUCUCAUCAGCCGAAUCAGGGCCCAGAAGGAAGAGCUCGGGCUGAUCAUCGAUUUAACGUACACCCAGCGCUACUAUAAACCCAAGGAGCUACCGGACACCCUUCUUUACCGGAAGAUUUUUACAGUUGGACAUCACGUGCCUGACGACGGCACCAUAUUUAAAUUCAAAUGUGCAGUGAACCAGUUCCUGGGAGAAAACAAGGACAAUGACAAGCUUAUUGGCGUCCACUGUACACACGGUUUAAACAGAACCGGGUAUCUUGUUUGCAGGUACCUAAUUGAUGUUGAAGGCAUGGAACCAAAUUCUGCAAUAGAACUGUUCAACAGCUGCCGAGGACAUUCCAUAGAAAGGAAAAACUACAUCAGAGACCUCCAGGACGGACCCAUCCGGAACAACGACGGCCCAGAAGCGUCCGGGCCGGAUCGCUUCAGAGAGUCACAGCAGCCGAAGCGACCAGUCUGGAACGCUAACUACCAAGGACCUAGCCAUAAUUCCCCGGCGCCCUGGGGCCUCCCGGCCGAGGAGCGAGAUUUUCACACCCCUCCGUGGGGCUCCCCGGCCCAGAAGCGAGAUUUUCACUCCGGUCCAUGGGGCUUCCCGGCCGAACCGCAAGAUUUCCCCGCCCCGCCCCGGGACUUCUAUCACCAGUCCUGGGACCUGCACUCCCACCCGUGGAAUUUGUCCUGCCAGCCUCCGGGUUUUCACCCAACAACCAGGACCGCCCAGCGAAACCUGAAGUCCUUGGGGCCGAACACCAAGGCGAGCCGCCAUCCUCCCCCGGGCCCGCCCGGGGACAACUUUGGCCAAGCCAGAUACACGUGGACCCCGAGGCCGGGCCCCCGGGAGCCAAACGGGCCGCCCAACGGCCAGACGAGACCCCGUAAGAGGCCGUGGCGGACCGUGACUGGUGGGACACGGAGUCGGGGCGGACGAGGACCCCAGCCCCCACCGCGACACGUCGUGGUGCCGGAACGAGCGAUUAAAUCUCACUUUUGAUUCAA